AUAAAACUAUAAGAAUAAACGUAGUGGAGUUGUAAAGCUACUUCCUUACUAUUUUUAUUUUAUACAUAUGAAGUAUCUACCUUGCUCUCAAAAUUAAUUUCUGCAGGUGAAUUGCGUGAGUUAUUGCUCAAAUUUGCUCAAACUGUGUUUCAAUGUAACAUCUUGUGACAACCUUACAUCUGCCCAUAGAGCCUAAGUAGUCACUUAAGGCGGUUCAUGGGUUAGCCAAUUUCGCAAGAUCCAUUAUUUUUUUAUAUGCAGACUUGUAUUCAUAUUCCCAACAGUGAAUAUACAACAUACAUUGGAGACCUUCAGGCUCUGUGAUUAAUCCACUUCCCAUGAUCAAUUAAGACAUAAUGCAGGAAAAACUUGGGGAUGGCAGAUAACGAUCAGAUGCCCAAGGUUGAUUUAACCAAAGACAAGAAAUUGAUCGAUGCUGCAACCAAGGAGUGGAUGAAAUACAUUGAAAAAGAAAACUUAGAGCGCGUACAGAAACUGAAGGUUGUUCGUAGGAAGAAUUUAAUCACUGGCCUUCUCUUGGGUACAGCAGUCAUCGGCAUCUACUCUUAUUCAAUCCUGACCGUUAAACAAGAAACUUUCUUGGAUGAUUUUGAAGAACCAAAACUAGUGAAAGAGACAAGUAAAUUGAAUCAGUAA